UAUGAGUGUCGUAUGCGAUGACUUUUAGCUUUCACACAGUCUAGCUAGAACAGUGUGUUCAAGCCGGUACUGUUUAACACAAUCUCAUCUCCAGCUAGUUCUCUGGUUCUGAAAAUUAUGGCUAGUUUUACUGCUACCUUUUCGUAUAUGAGUGUCGUAUGCGAUGGCCUUGAAUGCAAUGCCGUGAUCCAGGGACGAUAUUUUGCUUGCCUGGACUGCUCCAUUCCCGGCGGACCUAAUAGUUUUGACCUCUGCAUCUCCUGCUAUCUGAACCGAAACUACUCCCACUUCCACACCACUUUCGAGGAAAAGCACCUCUCCUCGUUUCCAGCUGUAAAUUACCGACUAGCAGCGUAUGCGACGGUGCCCCAAUCGGCGACACUGAUUUACAAUAAUGAGGCAGCAAUGAAGGGAGAAAAAUCUGUCAAAACCGGAACCGGCAUGGCCCAUCUUACAAGUGAUGUUAAUGAUGUCUGCUGCAGCAUUAUGUGAUAGGUAGAUCCAUAUGUACGUACAUGUAACAUGUAUAUAGUUUCCUGGCAUCCCAUGU